AUGCCAGCGGGUCUCGUUACACGUCGUACUCAGUUCUCCAGCUGCGACGAAUGUCGUAGGUCGCGUGUGGCUUGUGAUGCCCAGAGCAGCGAAGGCACUUCUUCGUGUACACGCUGUCGGAACCGUCACCACGCGUGUACCUUUAAGUGGCUUCAGAAUGCCAAGACGAGCAACGGAGGCGCAAAGCGUAGGUCUCGUCGAGGAACAAUUCGACCUACAAGUGACACAUCAUCAACACGCGGCAGUCGAGUCACGAAUACUUCCCAUGAGUCGGGAUUUGAUCCAGGUUUUGUAAAUGACCUAGGCCAUGAUAUCUACAGAGAUAGCCCAACCGUAACGGCAAUGCCCGAGUCAGCAUCUUUGCCAUGGUGUCCAAGUCCGAUAACAAAUUCAGAAGAGGACUCUAGAUGGCUUGAUACUCUGUACAGAGAAGGCUUCGAGGCGGUCUUUGGCUCUUGGAUGGGAAGAUAUGCUUGCCCUUUCUUGUUCGGUCACAACCUAGCAGACAAAUACGUCAGCAUAUCUGAUCUUUGUCGCCAUCUCGACGGGUGUAUAGUAGAUACUGGAAACAGCCAGCUAGUCGGUCGAAGCAGAGACAUUGAACAGUCUCUCCAGAGCACCAUCUCAGCAUUUGCAGCACGAUGGCUCCCUGUUACAUCCCCAGAGCCAAACUCCAACGAGGAUCACUGCAGUCUUGUCCAGACUCUAUGGAGGCAUGCUAGAAGAGACAUGCUACGUGUCAUCAAUAGACCGGCUUAUCGGUCAAUGCUAUCUCUGCUUCUCUUCGCUCUCACGCCGAUACCAGAAGGCAUCUCAGAGGACGAAGAGACAGAUGGGAUUUCCGGUCAGGCUUGUGUUCAUGCAGCCUUGCAGCAGAUACAAACAUUACGUGCACGUCAGAGAAACCUACAAUUCAGCGGUUCCAAAGUUUCUCCAUCUCUCAAGUCCCAAGCUAUUGUCACAACACCAGAGUCGAUCGAGACAUCAGGCUUCAUAAACGCCGAAAGUACGGUAUACUGGGCUGCUUUGACAUUCGACACCUCUGCAUCUCUGACCCUCAACUGUCGCUCCCUCCUAUCUUCAGGUCUUUUCGGCUUCGAGUCUGAACUCCCAUGGCGUCUCGUCAAAACUUGUGCCAAGAUGUUCGACGAGAACGCCCGCCAGUGGAAGCAAGGGAGCUCGGACAUGACAGAUGAAAGGGCGAACCAGAUCAUUGCUGCUGGGGCCUCUUGGAAGCUACUUGGAUGGAAAGUCACUGCCAUUUUCAAAGAAGCUCUGAGAGAUGGUCAUGAGGAGGCAGAAGUUCGGAGAGCAUACCUGGCCGUAGUCGACUCUGUGAAACAAUUUGGCAUCAUUUAUCGUCCGCUUCUGGAUGAGUGCCAUAAACGCAUGCCUUUUCUUGGGCAGCAGACAAAACUUCGAUGGUUUUCUCUCAUGCUUCACUACCAUCUCAGCAUCCUGAUGCUAGUAGACAUCAUCGAAGCCACGGACCGUCAAGACCUGCUAUCAGAUAUAACCGACAUAUGCAUCGAUGCUGAGAACACGGUUAUGAACACUCUAGCAUUCGGCUUGCACAACACAUUCACAUUAAAACGACCUCUUGAUACAAUUGAGGGUGAUGGUUUGAGUAGGAGGCAAACGGUAUUCACAGUACCGAUCGUGUCUAUUGAUCCAUAUCCGCACCAUGCCGUCGCUGGGGUGCAGUUACUGAGGAAAGCCAUUGAUCGCGAUUUCGGCAUUGGAAAAAUCACCGAAGAAACUUACCAGAGUUUAUUGUCCACGUUGGAGAGGACGUUGAGGCAUUUGCCGCAGAGCUCAAAGUCUGUGCGGGCAGCGAUAGCAAAGUUCUCAACGGCGGCGAAUGAUAGUGCACAUCCUAGUACUUUAGUCUAA